UGGCUCCAAGGUCCUGAAUGCCAUUGGGGAAGCUGUGAAGAACAUCGAUGAUAUUAGAGGUGCUUUGGCCAAACUAAGCGAGCUGCAUGCUUACAUCCUUAGGGUGGACCCAGUGAACUUCAAGCUGCUUUCCCACUGUAUCCUGUGCUCCGUGGCUGCCCGCUAUCCCAGUGAUUUCACCCCAGAAGUUCAUGCUGCAUGGGACAAGUUCCUGUCCAGCGUUUCCUCUGUUCUGACUGAGAAGUACAGAUAAAUGGCUUCCACACUGGGUUAGGGAUGUGCACCAAUGGCACACAACAGCUGCCAAGUUCUGGGGUAUUCUUCCUAUGCAGUCCCCUCCACUGUCCUAUGCAGGGGCUCAGCCAUCUGCAGACCACAAUAAAUAAUUCAACUG